ACUUCCAAUGGAAUGUUAGAAUUCAGAUAGUCGAACUGUAUUUAUAGGAGCAAGUUCAGAUAUGGCGCCGUUUAGUAGAUUCCAAUUGAACAAAGAAGUAUGACAAUUCAUUUCACAUUUCUUGACGUAUUUUUGAUAUUUUUUGUGUUGCAAGCGGCGCUAGCCCAACCCAUUCAAUAUGAUAGUCCAGAUGAGAAACUCAUGAAAACAACGGCCGAUCGAAUUAAGGAACAUGGUUAUCCAGCUGAGAUCCACUACGUCGAGACGGAGGACAAUUAUGUGAUUGGAAUGUUCCGCAUACCCUACUCGCAUAAUUUGCAAAAUCAAAAUGAGCCAAGACCUGCCAUUCUACUGCAACAUGGUUUGACCUCUUGUUCCGAUGCUUGGAUUUUGAAUGGACCAAAUGACGCUUUGGCCUUUUUGUUGGCCGAUGCCGGCUAUGAUGUCUGGAUGGGAAAUGCUCGGGGUAAUACAUAUUCACGCAAUAACACCCGACUCUCUACAAAUCAUCCUUACUUCUGGAGAUUUAGUUGGCAUGAGAUUGGAGUCAUCGACAUUGCCGCAAUGAUUGAUCACAUUUUGACUACUACUGGGGAAACUGCCAUACAUUAUACGGGCCAUUCUCAAGGCACCACAGUUUUUUUCGUACUGAUGUCCGAAAAACCCGAGUAUAAUGAGAAAAUAAAGACGGCCCACCUAUUGGCUCCUGUGGCCUUCAUGGGUAACAUGAAAACAUUGUGGGCUAAAUAUACUCGCCGUUUUAUAGGCCGACCCAAUACCCUGACCGGCAUAGUUGACACCACGGAGGUAAUGCAUGCGACCUUCUUUGAGGAACUUUACAAUAUUUUGUGCACUAAACAUGCAGUUAUGCAGUUUAUGUGCAAAAAUCUCAUACAUCUGCUGAAUGGAGACAACGAUGUGGGUAACAUGAACCAAACAGUAGUGGGCCUACUGGACGAAACCCAUCCAGCUGGAGCCUCAUCUACCCAGGUGUUGCACUAUAUGCAGGAGUAUGAAUCUAAAAGAUUCUGCCAAUUAGAUCAUGGUGUGGCUCAGAAUCGCAAGAAAUAUGGCCGUGACACUCCUCCAGAUUAUGAUGUUGCCCAAAUCACCUCAACUCUGUUCUUCUAUUACAGUGAUGCCGACACCUUGGCCGAUGUGAUUGAUGUUGAGCAUCUUGCUUCUCUUGUACCAAAAUCUCCUACCAUGACUCAUUUCCCUGGUUCUACAAUGUCACAUGGAGAAUUUGCAUGGCACGUCAAUGUCAAAGAGAUGGUCAAUAUGCCGAUAAUAAAUGCAUGCAACGAAUAUGAAAACUCUGUGGAGACAUUGAAUCCAAGCGAGUUGUAGGGAUCCAAGGCGCCACUAAACAAAUAGACUAAAAUAAAAAUAUUUUUAUCUUAUCAAAAGUUUUAGGAUGUUCUAAGUCUAUUGUUAUUAUCGAUGUAUUUCGGGCGUUUUGUUACUGUAGUACGUGUAUUGUAGUCGAUUUAUCGUCAUAAUUAUUGGUUGUACAAACGGUGUCAAUAUUUCAAUAUUAAAGUUUAUUUGGAUCCUAUUUUUAUAUCAUU